GGUCACGUGAUCAAAAUCAAAAUGGCGCUUUGCUGUGCGAUUAGUAACGAGGUGCCAGAACAUGCAGUGAUCAGCCCUGUGUCGGGUCACAUCUUCGAACGUCGUCUCAUCGAGAAAUACAUCAAAGACAAUGGUCUGGACCCUAUCACAGGAGAGAAACUGGAGAUUGAGAUGCUUAUUGAUGUUAAAGCAUCUCCACUGGUCAAACCAAGACCUCCUUCAUUUACAAGUAUUCCAGCCAUUCUUAAAGCAUUGCAAGAUGAAUGGGAUGCUGUCAUGCUACACAGUUUCACUUUGAGACAACAAUUACAGACAGCUAGACAAGAGUUGUCCCAUGCACUUUAUCAGCACGAUGCUGCUUGUCGUGUAAUAGCCCGUCUAACAAAGGAAGUGACUGCAGCCAGAGAAGCCUUGGCGACCCUGAAGCCCCAGGCUGGCAUCACUGCUGGCAGCUAUCCAGCUCCUGCUGCUCCACAACCUGUGUAUGGAGCGGAAGCUGGUCCCGAGGCAGCUGAACAGCCUAUGGAGGAGGCGGGCAUGUCAGAUGAGGUGUUACAGAAACUCCAGGACAAGGCCACCCUCCUCACUGCUGAGAGAAAGAAACGUGGUAAAACCGUCCCUGAAGGUCUUGCAACAAGUGAAGACAUAAGGUCCUACCGACAAAUUGCAUCUCAGACUGGUCUACACAGUGCCAGUGUGCCUGGUAUCCUGGCCCUGGACAUCUGCCUGAAGGACACAUCCAAGAUCGUCACAGGUGGCAACGACAAGAAUGCCGUCGUGUUUAACAAGGACACCCAGCAGGUCAUGGCCAUCCUUAAAGGUCACACCAAGAAGGUCACAAGUGUCAUAUACCAUCCUGAUGAGGACCUGGUGUUCACUGCCUCCCCGGACUCGACCAUCCGAGUAUGGGGCGUGCAGACUGCCCAGUGUGCCCAGGUUAUCCGAGCCCACGAUUCACCGGUUACUGGCAUAAGCCUUCACGCUACGGGCGACUACUUACUCAGCUCCUCUGUUGAUAUGCACUGGGCUUUCUCUGACAUCAGAACUGGCACUGUACUUUGUAAGGUCUCCGAUGCUUCAUCUCAAAAUGCGCUGACAUGUGCUCAGUUUCAUCCGGAUGGCCUGAUUUUUGGUACUGGUACUGAGGACUCGAUGAUAAAGGUUUGGGAUCUGAAAGAACGAAUCAACGUGGCCAACUUCCCUGGGCACCAGGGACCAAUCACCAGCAUUGCUUUCUCUGAAAACGGUUAUUUCCUUGCAACAUCGGCUGAAGACUCUGUGGUGAAACUGUGGGAUUUACGUAAACUGAAGAACUUCAAAACUAUUCAACUGGAUGACAAAUAUGAGGUGCGUUCCCUUGCCUUUGACCAGAGUGGAACAUACUUGGCAGUGGCUGGAAGUGAUGUUAGGGUUUACCUGUGUAAGCAGUGGCAGGAGCUGGCAGUCUUUAAUGACCACACAGCAAUGGCCACAGGCAUCAAGUUUGGCCACAACAGUCAGUUUAUUGCAUCUUCAAGCAUGGAUAGAUCCGUCAAGUUCUUCGGGCAGUGAGUGGCAGAGGGUGUGCUCUGAGUGUGUUACAGCAACACUGUACCAAACAUGUGACAUUUAGCAAUCAUUUAAAUGUAUGUGAUCAUUGAUGUUUAUAUGUUCUGUAUAUGUAUGAUGAUGAUAACUGAAUCAACAUUUAUGGAAAAACAUUGUAUCACAUGCUAGCAUAUUCAUGUUGUUCAAUAACAGAUUGCUCAUUUUGAACAUCAUUCAUUAAUCUAUCAUAAAAUGUUAAUGUCUGAAGUGCCAGGGAUGAUAGUAAAGUGUGUUCAGUGUGUUAUGUGAGUUUUAUGAUUAUUGUAAGCACAUCUAUCGGUUUAUUUCUGUAUUGUAUUUUUGUACUAACUUGCAUCUUCUGUGCAUCUCAAUCUUGUUUUUAGUGUAGAUUACAGCCAGUAGUAAAGGCUAUCUGUUAUACUAGUAAAGGCAUUUUACAAUGGCAACUGACUAAUAGACAUCUUUGUUUUAGGCAAACAUUUUGUAUGAAACAUUUCUGAUUUAAACAUGGUUUAUAUUCUGUACCUGAACUUUUUGUUCAUUGGUAGACUGUCUUCAUUGUAGAAUACAUAAUUUCUUUUCAGAAUAAAAAACAUUAAAAGUAAUCUCAUUCAGUUGCCUUUUCUAAAAAGGACUUCAGUAGUUGUCAGAGUGUUAUAUGUUACCAUAGAUGUUAAGACAAAGAUAGGUAUUGGUAAUCUUUUGUUUACUUCAGGGAUGAUCAAGUUCAGGAUUUGUCCUGGAAUCAUGGUUGAGAUCUUUCAAUCUAUAAAGAUUGCUGUAUUGUUGAAAAGUUGUUUUUUGCUGGACAGUUGUGUUAGGAGUCGGAAACACUUUGAAAGAAUACAAAAAAAGAUUUUUAAACAGGUUUCUAACCCCUUAUCCCUGCUUUGAAAAUCAAAUCAGAUUUUCAGGAUUUGAUUUGUUGGUCAAUUAUCAUCCCUGUUACAUUUUAUCAAACCCCUUAUCCCUGCUUUGAAAAUCAAAUCAGAUUUUCAGGAUUUGAUUUGUUGGUCAAUUAUCAUCCCUGUUACAUUUUAUCAUACUAUAACUAUUGUAUAUAGACAAUGUCAUCAAAAUGAAAUAUUUGCAAUGUGUAUCACUGUUCCCAUAAAGAUUCUGAUUUUAUCUUAUUUACAAGCAUUGAUUCAUAUGGCAACAUACUGGUAGUAAUGAUUUUCAGAUCAGAGUGAUCACUGAUGUGUGAUUGCUUGUACCGUUAUGUAAUAAAUGGUAACUAACUAGAACAUUAUCUUUGUUUGUUUUAUGAAAUGACAAGUUCCGAAAUAUGAAAUGUUUUCUUAAGCAAUAAUUGUGCAGUGGAAAAUGAGAUCAUCAUGUAUGAUCCUUUUCACUUUAAGGCAGUGGGAAUGGGUUAACAGUCAACAUCACUGUUGAAGUAAUGCCUAGGAGUGGUCAAGACUUAAGAGAUGAACAAAGAUGAGACAUAGAAUAAAUGGACUAUAUGUUCAUUGAAGGCAGUUUAGUAAUUCAUCUGUUUCAUCAAUCAGGUGUCAUGAUUUGUAUUGUAUUAUGCGCAAACUUGCGUAACAUGCAGUCACGGUGUUAGGACUUAAUGUCAACGUCACUCCCAUUGUAUUGUAUAUAUCAUAAUUGAGUAAAAGGAUCGAAACUGA